UCCAACUGCAGCAGAGGAAAGUUUUCAGAACACCCGGCAUUUGGUAGAGGAAAGGUCUCUUGAGCUUUGCACAAGGAGGAAUUAUUUGCAUACCGACGCUUUAGCUUCUCCAUGCCGAAGAUGGACCAUGCAAACAUGACCCAAGCCAUGCUUGAUGCUGAAUCCCGCAGCACAGACAAGAACAGCAGCAAUGAGUAUUUUUACAUUCUGAUUGUCAUGUCUUUCUACGGGAUCUUCCUGAUAGGGAUAAUGCUUGGCUACAUGAAAUCCAAAAGAAAAGAGAAGAAGUCCAAUUUGCUUCUCCUCUACAAAGAUGAGGAGAGAGAAUGGGUGGAAGCUGUGAAGCCUCUACCAACCAUAUCAGGGCUGAAAUCUAUCCAGAUCCCCAUGAUGCUGAACAUGCUGCAGGAGAGCAUGGUGCCAUCCCUGUCCUGUGCCAUCUGCUCAAUGGAAGGCAGCAGUGUGAGCUCCGAAUCUUCCUCCCCAGAUGUGCACUUCACCAUCCAGGAGGAAGUGCUGGAUGCUGAACUGGGGGAAGUGUCAGAAACACUCCUUAAUGAGAGCAGCGAGGGAUCUGCGGAAAACAUCCAUAAGAACUCCUAGCACUUGCAGGGAUCCCUUGAUCAGCUGCCAAAGCGUGAGUGGAGCACCCACUAAGAACUUUCAGCUCUACUUUCCUGUUCUCCAAUGAACUCUGAACCAGGUGUCUGUACCUCUGGGCCCAAGGUGUUCCUGAGGGCUGGCAGGACAAAGAAGCAGUGGUACCCAACUCCAAAGUGUAACUUGCACAUAAUUGGGAUGCUUAAUUUCAUUUUUUCCAGUAUUAUUUCUUACCAUAAAAGCUAAGAACAAGGAGAAUAUAUAUAUUUUGUAACAAAGUAACUAUUACUAGCAUAUUCAUAUUUUGGAAUUCUGCAGAUAUCUGGGGAAUGUUCAGGGAAGUUACCCUAAUGCAAGUGCCUGGUUGUUAAAGAUGGUGGAUAAUGCUUAUUCGCACAAAACUGUGAUAGACUAGAAGUACUUUUGCUGUGUUUUUUCCUAUAACAAACCACAGCCAACAGGAGAUUUGCUCAGAGGCCUCAAAAGCUGAAAACCUGUCAAUGCUGUAGUUGAAAGGAGAUUGCAUCAUGGCUGGAGACUGACUUCAGGCACAGAAAGAAUGAAAGAGGAAAAAAAAAAAAAGAAAAAAAAAAAGG